AUGAUGGACUCGGACGAAGACGAUAUAUACCCGGAGCACAAUGACACGAAUGGCGCACAGCACCACGCGGAGGUGAAGAUGGAAGACGUCGAGGACGGAGAAGAAGAAGGCGAGGAAGUCGAGGACAGCGAUGACGACGUCGAUUUCAUAAUAGACGCAAAGGAAGAAGUAAAACCUGAUCCCGGUGCAUCACAAUCCAAACGAGUGGUACCAGGCCUCACACCCGUUCCCACAUCAGCGGACCCACGGAAAGCGUCGUCGUCGUCGACACCUCAACCGAUCAUCAACAAGCCAGGCACGCCGGCCACCGGCACCGACUCCCAACAACAACAACAACAACAACAACAACACCACCACCAACGGCUGGGAUCUACUUCCCAGCCGCCCAACGACCGCCCAGGCACCGACUACCCGGCGCGCCACACCUCCAAGCUCGACCCGAACGGCAACCCCGUGCACCCCGCGACGGGGAAACCCAUCCUCGCGACCGACUUCGACCUCGACUUCCCUUCGGAGUCGUCCAAGCCGUGGCGCAAGCCCGGCGCAGACAUCACAGACUACUUCAACUACGGCUUCGACGAGUUCACGUGGGCCUCGUACUGUCUGAAGCAGCAGACCAUGCCGAAAGAGAUCAAGGAGAUCAACCAGCAGGCCGAACAGAUGAAGGCUUUCGUGGAAGGGAUCCCCGGCGGCGGAGCCGGUGGUAUACCGGGGAUGCCACCCCUGCCUGGUGGUGCUAGCGGCCCUGCGAGUGGAGGCGGAGUUGUAGGCUUAGGUGGAGGUGCACCAGACAUGUCCGCCAUGGCCAUGCCCAGCGAGGCGCAGAUGCAGCAGAUGUUCGCCGCCAUGACGUCUCAGGGCCUCGACCCGACCACCAUGGACCCGAAUCAGUUCAUGCAGUUCAUGGCUGCCGGGGGUGCUGGUGCUGGAGGUGGUGGUAUGAUGGUGGGUCAAGGCGGACCGCCCACAGGCCCCGGAGGGUUUGGGGGUGGCGGUUUUGACCAAGGCGGCGGCGGCGGGUUCGGACGAGGGCGCGGUAAAGGUGGAAGGAGGAAUUGGUAG